AACCCGAGGCAGGUGUUCAUUUAGAUAGAAGAUCUUCCCCGACCAUGGACACUCCCACGGAUGAGAGAAUGGAUCCUCUGCUCAGGGCACUGGCCAAACUCGGCGAAGGUUCCGGAUUUCUCUGGUUGGUCUUCUUCCUCACGGUCACCAGCGUGCUCAACAAUGGAUUCCACGCGAUUUCCUACGUCUUCCUGGCUGAGGUACCCACCCAUUGGUGCAGCGUGCCCGAGCUCAAGGCGGCCAACUGGACGGAGGAACGGAUCAGGAACGUCUCCUCGUUGGACUCUUGCUCGAAGUAUGACUAUAACUACUCCUUCUUCGGCAAAGUAGGGUUUGAGGAGACCUUGAAGUUCGUUGAGACUCAUGACAGGCCGAAGAGUUCCAGCUGCGACGUAUACUCGUAUCCUGGGGACUUUAAGGAGUCGAUCGUUCAGACCUGGGACCUGGUCUGCGACAAAGCGACGUACCGCACGAAUACUCAGAUGGCGCAGUCUUUGGGGAAACUCGUUGGAGCCAGCAUCUUCGGAGUGUUGUCUGACAAAUAUGGCAGAAAGCCAUGCUUCGUUAUCGGCAUUUUGUUGCUCAUUGUGUCGGCUCCAGCUACUGCGGUAGUUCCCUGGUAUUGGAUUUACGUGGUGACCCGGUUUGUGACCGGGGUUUCCAACAUUGUGAUGCAAAACUCCUCUUACACGAUUCUUACCGAAAUCGCUGGCACCAGGUCCAGGCAAUGGAUGGGAAUCGCCUAUUCUAUAACUUAUCCGAUGGGGAUGAUGGUGUUGUCUGGCGCUGCGUACAUGACAAACAAUUGGAGGUAUCUCCAGAUCUCCAUCGGACUUCCAGCAUUACUUCUACUUCCACAUAUAUGGUACAUGCCGGAAUCUCCUAGGUGGCUCAUAUCUCAAGGUCGACGCAAGGAAGCGAAGAGAAUUCUUGAAAGGUACUACGGUCCGAUCUGUGAGGAUGCUGCAAAUAUGUCUCUCUCCUCGACACACAAGAUGGGCUUGGGGAAUCAUGACGACGACGCUGAGAAGGAUGCCGAUGAGAAAACAAACUUUCUGCAAAAGAACAUCAAGAGUUUACGGAUCUUGUACUCUCACUUCGAGCUACGCAAGAGAAUUGCUAUAACUUACUUUCUGUGGAUCGUGGCUUCGCUUUCGUACUAUGCUCUGGCCUUGAACGUGGACAACUUCUCAGCGGAUCGUUACAUUUAUGUUCUCCUUACGGGGUUGACAGAAAUACCAUCGUACUUGGUGCCCAUUCCUAUCCUGGCUAUUCUGGGACGCCGUCAAGCUGGAGCUGUACUGUUUACCAUAUCUGGAAUAUCGUUGUUAAGUAUUAUGACUAUCUCUAAGGCAGACACCACUACAAUUCUCAUCGUGGGCCUUGCAGGGAGGUUCGCCAUGUCUUCCGUGUAUAAUAUCGUCAUCCUACAUACUACGGAGUUGUUUCCAACGGUAUCUAGAAAUUCUGCCGUAGGAACCAGCUCAGCUAUGUCUCAUGUAGGAAGCGUCGCAGCUCCUUAUGUUGCUGACUUGCUCGGAGCAAUUGCUUGGUGGGCACCGAGCACCCUGUGUGGUUGUUUAGCCCUCGUUGCGAGUCUUUUCUGUCUCACUUUGCCAGAAACACGUGGCAGGCCUUUGGCGGACACUGCAGAAGAAGAAACAGUAAAAGAAAGAGGAUUCGUUACCUUUAGUAAUUGUUGCAAAUGUUGA